GAAAGGAGAGAAGAAUAUCUUAUUAUCUAUUCUUGAACCUUUUCUUUUUCCAGGGUAUGAAUCUCCUCCUAUAACUAAACAAUUCACGGUUCACCUAAAAAAGCCAUAAAGUCUACAACCUUUCGUUCAACUUUGAGAUUUUUAAAUGGCUUCUGCUUGGGCGCAAAAACCCUCUUCUUCUUCCUCCCCUAUCCCACCGCAACGCAGAUAUGAUGUCUUUUUGAGUUUCAGUGGCAUCGAUACCCGCAACAACUUUACUAGCCAUCUUCUAUCAGCUUUAGAGCGACACGGUUUUCAUACAUUCAGAGACAACACAAACCUCAAUAGAGGAGAGGAUAUUGGUUACAAGCUACUGAAAGCAAUCGAGGACUCAAGAAUUUCACUUGUCAUUCUCUCGAGAAAUUAUGCCGCGUCAAGGUGGUGCCUUGAUGAACUUGUGAAGAUCAUGGAGUGCUGGAAGACCUUGCAACACAUUGUUUUUCCUAUCUUCUAUGGCGUUGGGCCAACAGAUGUGCGAGCGCAAAAGGGGAGUCUUGCAGAAGCAUUCGACAAACAUGCAGAGCGUUUUAAAGAUCAGAGUAGUCUGGGUAGCAAGGUGGAGAAGUGGAAGGAAGCGCUUACUCAGAUUGCCAACUUAUUAGGCUGGGACUUGCCAAAGUUGGACAACGGGUCAGAGUCACGUUACAUUAGCAUGACUCGGUAUGUAGUUAUGGCACUUCUAAAUCUGCUAAAGGCUUAA